CCCUAAGUUAAUCGUUUCCCAGCCACGUUACUCUUCUUAACGUGGUCUUGUUUUCUGUCUUUGUUAUUGCUUUACUAGUUGUUAGAUUUGCUCCUUUUCUUCGACCUCUUUCACCUUCUUGCUGCCUUAGUUGUCUUCCUCACUUAACAUCAUGGAAAUUCCAAUCUCCCCUAUCGGAUUCGAGGGUUACGAAAAAAGACUCGAGAUUACCUUUAUUGAGCCAAGUUUGUUUGCUGAUCCUGAUGGAAAUGGCCUUCGUUCGCUUACCCGAUCUCAAAUUGACGAAAUCCUUGGGCCUGCCGAGUGCACCAUUGUAGCUUCACUAUCCAACGCCGAUGUUGAUUCUUAUGUGCUGUCUGAAUCAAGCCUCUUUGUCUACGCGUACAAAAUCGUGAUCAAAACUUGCGGGACUACCAAGCUUCUACUGUCGAUCCCACCUAUCUUGAAGCUGGCUGAUUCUAUUUCGCUUUCGGUGGAGUCUGUGAGAUACACCCGUGGGAGUUUCAUUUUCCCGUCUGCUCAGGUGUAUCCACAUCGUAACUUUUCGGAGGAAGUUACCGUUCUCAAUAGCUACUUUGGGAAACUCGGUUUUGGUGGCAAUGCUUAUGUUAUGGGUGAUUCCAACAAACAACAGAAAUGGCAUGUUUAUUCUGCCUCAGUUGGGUCCAACCGCUCUUAUGACCCAAUUUACACCAUGGAGAUGUGUAUGACUGGUUUGGAUAAAGAAAAGGCAUCUGUCUUCUUCAAAAACAACUCACACUCUGCUGCUGUGAUGACCGAAAACUCUGGAAUAAGAAAAAUCCUCCCCAGUUCUGAAAUUUGUGAUUUUGAUUUUGACCCCUGUGGGUAUUCGAUGAACUCUAUUGAAGGAGCUGCGAUCUCUACCAUUCAUGUCACCCCCGAAGAUGGGUUCAGUUAUGCGAGCUUUGAAAUGGUUGGGUACAACCCAAAAGAAGUUAAUCUCGAGAAAUUGGUUGAAAGAGUGUAUUCUUGUUUUGGGCCGAGCGAGUUCUCUAUCUCGUUUCAUGCUGAUGUUUCUGUUGAAGAAUUGGAGAAGAACUGUGUAUUGGAUCUGAAAGGCUAUAGCGUUGAAGAGAAGAGCUAUAAUAAUCUUGGAAUGGGAGGUUCUGUUGUCUAUCAGAAGUUUGCUCAAUCUACCUCUGGUUAUGAAUCACCUAGGUCUGUUCUUAAGUGCUGCUGGAAGGAGGAAGAGAAAGAAGGAAAGGAGUAAUUUUUUUUUUUUGAGUCAGUCAAAUAAAUUUAGCAAACUGGAAACUGUCCCUAGUUUGUGAGUACUGUCUGUUUUCUGUUGCUGGGAUUUUUCUUUUAUGAAUCUUUGGAGUCUUGUUUGUCAUAUGUUACUUUGAACUGAAAUGUUAGCAUAUGAAUUUGUUUCUUAUUAUCA